CUGUACAAGUACACAGUAGACCAAAAUAUAUAUGGAGCAGUACUGUCUUCCAGUAGAGAUACACACAAUCUAAUAUGAGUAGUUCCACUGCAGUAGUAGGUUAUAAGCCUCAUGCUGUAUGUACUCCACUUCCACUUCAAAGCCAUAUAAAGGCAAUGCUUAAAUUAGCAAAGCUCCUCCACCAUAGAGGUUUUCACAUAACCUUUGUCAACACCGAGUACAACCAUAAGCGCUUUCUUAAAUCUCUCGGCCCCAACUCACUCGAUGGCUUGCCUGAUUUUCAGUACAAAACAAUCCCAGAUGGUCUUCCAGUAAGUUCAGACACCGAUGAGGAUGCCCCUCAAGAUAUCACUUUGCUUCUUGAUUGCAUCAGAAACGAUUUCUUGGCUCCGUUUUGUAACCUUCUCAACAAACUCAAUGACAACACAGAUGGUUUUGGUAGUCCUCCAGUGACUUGUUUGGUGUCAGAUGGGUUUAUGACAUCCACAAUCACAGCUGCUGAAGAGCUUGGAAUCCCUAUCGCGCUCUUCUUUACUUUAGCUGCAGUUGGCUUCAUGGGAUCUAAACAAUAUUCUGUUUUGGUGGAAAAGGGACUAGCGCCCCUCAAAGAUGAGAGCUGCUUGACAAAUGGAUAUUUGGACAUGGUAAUAGAUUGGGUUCCAGGAAUGAAGGAUAUCCGUUUAAGGGAUCUCCCGGGCUGCUUUCGAACUACAGAUCCAAAUGACAUUGUGUUUAACUUUGCCAUGGAAGCAGUGGAUAGAGUUGAUAAAGCUUCCGCAGUUGUUGUUCAUACUUUUGAUGCGUUGGAGCCAGAUGUUUUGGAUGCUCUCUCAUCUAUGCCUCCACCUGUUUACGCCAUUGGCCCUCUCCAGUUGCUUCUCUAUCGAUUACCGAAAGAUCCUUUGAAACAUAUGGGAUACAGUCUAUGGAAAGAAGAAACUGGGUGCCUGGAAUGGCUAAACGCUAAGGCCCCGAACUCGGUUCUUUAUGUGAAUUUUGGCAGUAUAGCAGUCAUGACACCACAACAGCUUGUUGAGUUUGGUUGGGGACUUGCAAAUAGUAAGCUUCCAUUCUUGUGGGUAAUUAGGCCUGAUCUGGUUGUCGGCGAAUCAGCAAUUUUGCCGCCUGAGUUUGAGUUCGAAACCAAAGAAAGAGGCGUAAUAUUGAGUUGGUGCCCGCAAGAGCAAGUCCUUAACCACCCAUCCGUCGGAGGGUUUUUGACACACAGCGGUUGGAAUUCAACGAUUGAGAGCUUGUCUUCAGGAGUACCUAUGCUGUGUUGGCCAGUCCUUGCCGAGCAAUACACAAACUGUUACUACACUUGCAAUGAGUGGGGCAGUGGAUUGGAGAUUGAUAGUGAUGUGAAGAGAGAUGAAGUGGAGAAGCUUAUUAGAGAGUUGAUGGAGGGAGAGAAGGGCAAGAAAAUGAAAAUUAUGGCCAUGGAGUGGAAGAAACUUGCGGAAGAAUCUACAGGUCCGCAUGGUUCUUCAUCCAAAAACUUAGAGAACUUGGUGAAUCAAGUUCUAUUGAGAAAAAGCUAGAAUUAUCCAUCAGAAUGUUAUUAAUCUUGUUGCUAAUGCUAUUGUUGUGGGUAGCAGUAUUUACUGUGCAGAGGUUAUUGUCUCAAUAAAUAAGAAAAUGUCACCGUCUUGAACUUCAAUUUA